AACGGGACGGUUGGUGCAAACACCAGGCAACAUCAGACAAACCGACGGUUGGUGAUGAGCCAGUAUGUGUGAUGGUGAAUGCAGAAUCGGUCAGCAGACAGUCAAGGAGACGUUUGCAAUCCAUUCCCACGGAAAAACGGCUUGGCCAGAGCUAACAUUGUCAAUUUGGUUAUGGCCUUGCUGUCUGGAGCUCCCCGGUUCUUCUUGUCAUGUUUGCGACUGAAUGACUUCGAUUUUGGCAGACCGUAUACAUUGGUCUUUUCUUUGCGCAAUUUCCAUCCAAACUGAACUUCUCUGGAAGACAUUGCCAGAAUCCCAAAGUCGCAAAAUGCUCCCCAAAUACUUACCCAUUCAGCAUGCCAGUGAACAGGAAAGUGAUGAGGAUGCGCCUCUUGAUCCUAAACGAGAAGGCAAACCUUAGGACUGAAUGGCAUCCAACACUGCGGGCGUCAAUACUGGCCACGAUAGUACUUGUUGUUUACUCCCUCGGUGUCUCCUGGAUCACGAAACUUGCUGUCCUAGGGUCAUACGGUCCUCAAGUUCCUGCACCGGCGUCUAUUCCUCACCCUGACGAAAAGGAGUACGUCAUCAAAGAGACCGGCCGGGCGCACGACUCUUGGACUCAUCAUCUCGUCUACGGCAAGCCGAGUCCUGAUGUUGACGAUGCAUGGUACAAGCUGAUCAAGCCAUUCAACACUCGGGUUCCGGCGGAUCGCUACCAGGCUAGCAUGGGCAACCGAACUUCAGUCAGGGUUGAAGAUGGCUCCUACAAUUCCGAUUACUACGUCACACUAACGGUAUAUCACGAGCUUCACUGUCUGAUGCGACUCCGCUGGUUUCUCGAGCCCGAAUACUAUUCCAACAAGACCUGGCAGGAACAACGAGAAGACAAAUCUGCUAUGGGUCACUACCGACAUUGCGUCUGGAGCCUUCUCGAGUCGGUGCUGUGCCACGGCGACACCUCCAUAAGGACGUUCCACUGGGAGCCAAACAAGCCGGCGCCGAAGCCAGACUCGCUGGCAGAGAGAAAAUGUGUAGACUGGGAUUGGCUGUACAAGUGGACUACGGAACACUCGUUUCUGUUGCAGGACAAGUUGCUCAGCCAUCCCGUGUAUGGACGGCUGGAUGAGAACCUCAUG